AUUAACAUGAACUACAACUAGUAACUUGCUCUUUAACUUUUCCAAGAUAAAAAUGGAGGAAGAAUGGGAUCAAAAUGAAGGAGAAGGUGAAGAGUGGGAAGACGAGGUAAAACAAGAACAGAUAGAAGAUGCACAUUGGAACAAGGAAGACUUUGCAGAAGAAAGCGUCGGCACAACGUACAGUGGAACUUACACUGGUGUGGAACCGGACAGGAAGGAAUGGGAACGACCACCUGUUGGGUCGGUUACUGGUGAAGCUCCUGGUGAAGCUGUAGAGGCUCCUCCUAAGGUCGUCAUAGAAGAUCUGGAGUAUUCUGGAAGAGUUUCUAGAAGACCGGUGCAGGGCAAGUUCGAGCGAGAAGAUUACCAAAUGGGAUUGCGCAAACCAAACUUAGGGGAGAUAAUGUCGACGAACGUCGGGUUUGGACAGUCGCUGAAGAGGAUGGUGAGAGAGGCUUGGGGUGCGGCCAAGCCGGACGGACGAGCGACCCUGAGGUCCCCUUGCAACAAGGUGCGGUUUACCCAGACUGGCUCCCUUCACUGCACCACCACUGCGGAGUGCAUGCAGGAGUGUAGGAACCUACAGAAGUACUAUAUGGAUCUGGGCUUUCCCGACAUACCUUACAAUUUCCUGAUCGGUGGUGAUGGUGUGGUCUACCACGCCAGAGGAUGGAUGAAGCAAGCGGACCGAUCACCAGCCUUUCACAGGCUGAAGAAGAACUGUGUGGACGUCGCUUACAUGGGCCAGUUUGUUGAUAAGAAGAUCCCGUAUGAAAUGCUGUCGGCAGCUGCAGAUUUUCUCAAGUACGGACUCAAAGUAUCGCGACUGACGCCCUUCUUCCAAUCUUUUACUUAUCUAAGUGACUUUAAAAGAAGUUGAAAAGAUAUAAAACAUCAAAAUAAUAACGAAGCCUUGUUAUUUCCAUGUUUUUUAACAAUUAUAGUACGAUUAUAAAGCUAUGUUUAAAGUGAUAAUUGAUUAAUAUAUUACGUUGCAUCUGAAAUUAAUAUAAAAGUUUCGCUAAUUUGAUGCUAUAGUUUUACUUUCAUUUAGGCCUAAAAUCUAAAGCGUGUUGGUCAUUUAUAUUUUCAGUUAC